AUGUCCGUUAUCGAAAUUAGAUCAUACCAACAUUGGAUCUCAACAAUUCCAAAGUCGGGAUUUCUCGCUGUUGACUGCUAUGCAGACUGGUGUGGUCCUUGUAAGGCAAUUUCACCAGUUUUUUCACAAUUGGCAAGCAAGUACUCAGGUCCUCAGUUUGUAUUUGCAAAAGUUAAUGUAGAUGAACAAACACAAAUUUCCUCUAGCCUUGGAGUUCGUGCUAUGCCAACCUUCAUCUUCUUUGAAAAUGGCAAACAAAUAGAUAUGCUUUCGGGAGCGAACGUGCAGGCGUUAAAAGAAAAAGUAGCUAAUAUUGGAGGAAAAUUGAAUGGAGGUAGCGCUAGCGCCUCUUCAUCUGUGAACGGUUAUGCUAAUCUCAGGAGUUCUAUCGAGAGCCCUCAAUUAGAGUGUUUAAAUCAAAGUGAUGAGUAUCACCUUCGCAACGCUCUUGAUUUAGAUUCUUCUAGUUACUUACAGUCCGACGCUGAUGAGCAGCUUAUGAUUUACAUCCCUUUCUUGGAAGCUGUAAAGAUUCAUUCGUUGUCUAUUACUCCUGUCAAAGAAAACUUAAGCAAAGCUCCCAAAACUCUCAAACUCUUUAUUAAUCAACCCACAGUGCUUUCAUUUGAAGAUGCCGAGUCUUCCCCAGCUACUCAGGUCAUAGAAGAAAUCGAGUACAAAUCUGAUGACGAGCCUUUGAAUAUCCCUCUAAGAUUCGUUAAAUUCCAACGUGUGAACUCUUUAGUAAUAUUUGUCUCCUCUAAUGUUGAGGACGAAGAAACCACCCAGAUUGGCCGUUUGGAAUUCUUUGGCGAAGCAGUAGGCGAUUCUAGCAAGUAA